GAGUAACUAGUUAUGAAAUCACAAUGCACGUGAGGCAAUACCGUCACCAGCGAAUGAUAUAAUAACUGCUCUUAGACCUUUCCCCAAUUGGCAUCCCUCAUCUUCAUCUUCUCUCUUUCUUAAUUCUGCUUCGUUUUCCCAUUUUCUCCUCUCUCCCCCUCCCUCUCUCAUUCAGCCUUCUACCGCUCCACAUGUACCCCUCUUCCUCAUCUUCCUCCUCCCAGUCCCAAAGCGGCUUGACCCGCUACGGUUCCGCCCCGGGCUCGCUCCUCACCAACGCCGUCGAUGCCGUUAUCGGAGGAGCUGACCGCGAAUUCUCCACUACUGCCGUCGGAUCACGCCCUCCGGUGACCCAUUUUUUCUCUGGGGAAUCCUCCGAGUCCUCCUGCAAGGUCAACUCCUCCUCCGAUCCAAAAGACAAGCCUCCCAGGCUCGGACUGCAGAGAUCGUACGGUCUCCAUGACGGAGCCGCCAUCGGCUUCGGCAGCUCCUCUUCGGCUCUGCUGCGUCAGAGAAGUUCGCCAGCUGGCUUCCUCAGCCAUCUCACUGCUGCCCCACCUGAUAAUGGAGGCUUUUCAAUUUCAAGGGGGAGUGGAAGCUAUAGCGCACAAGGCGUCUCCAAUAGUGGUCAUGGAAUAUCAAGGCUAAAAUCUCAAUUGAGCUUCACAGGGCAAGAAUCUCUUUCUCAGAUAUCUGAGGUGAACGAAAAUGUUGAUGGCAUCAACUCUGACAAUGGCCACCAUAGAGCUACACAUUCUUACGCCACAACCAGCUUUGGAAUUGAAACCUGGGAUGGUUCAAACUCCAUUGUGUUUUCUGCUCCCUCUAGUAAACGUGCUAAGAGUAUAGAUGGAGACAUUCUGAACUGUCUUAAUGCCUUGGAAUCGCAGUUUAGUCUGCCACAAACAACUCUGGAAAUGGCAGCAGUGGAGAAGCUACUUCAUAUUCCUGAAGAUUCUGUCCCAUGUAAAAUUCGUGCUAAGCGAGGCUGUGCUACUCAUCCAAGAAGCAUUGCGGAACGGGAGAGAAGAACUAGAAUUAGUGGAAAGCUGAAGAAGCUGCAAGAGCUGGUGCCUAAUAUGGACAAGCAAACAAGCUACGCAGACAUGCUGGAUUUGGCUGUUCAACAUAUCAAAGGCCUACAAACUCAAGUCCAGAAGCUCCACAAAGAACUCGAGAAUUGCACCUGUGGAUGUAAACAAAGCUCAUAGUGCUUGUUUGGACAAGAGACUAGGGCGGAAGAAAGUGGAUAGAGUUCAUGGAUUCUGAUGCCGAGGAAUCAACUGAUUUUGUACCUUAUCAACUUUAAUUCUAAUGAUAAUGCAGUAGUAGCCAUCACAGAAAUUCAGUGCGUAGAACUGUACAUAAUGUAUGUCGUUAUCUUCUCGUCUUGAAAACGUUUCGUUGUCAUCUUCAAGAAUGGGGUAUGACAUCGUAGUGGAGAUCAUUUUUCCCUCUUCUUCAA